UCAUCCCUACGGCCGAUAUGCAAAACAUUGUUAUAAACAUUGUUAUUGUUGCACACGUUGCAGGGUUUUCCAAAGGUAGGAAAAUCGGAAAGGCCAGGAGAAACCAAGGCGAGUGAAAGCAGAGCGCAAGUCCCCAGAUCCCCGAUUCCCCAUUUGAUAUGUUCAGGGCCAGACUGCACUUCCCCUGGAUACGAAGCACUCUGCAAACGACCUUGAAACUCCCAGCAGAUACAUCAAGAACCGAAUCGGUCCGUCGGAUCCAGAACCUGCGACUCCCACACAUCGGUUGUCGUAGUCGCACUGUGAACAACCAGAACAUCAGAAGAAUGGCCAGCGGAGGAAAUGAACCCAAGGAGGAGGCUCCAAAACAAGGAAAUCGAUUGAUUUCCUCCAAGUCGCCGUAUCUUUUGCAGCACGCCCACAAUCCGGUGGACUGGUAUCCCUGGGGCGAGGAGGCUUUCGAGAAGGCCCGCCGUGAGAACAAGAUGAUCUUUCUCUCGGUGGGUUACUCAACCUGCCACUGGUGCCAUGUGAUGGAGCACGAAUCCUUCGAGGACCCCGAGACCGCGGCCGUUAUGAACGAGCACUAUGUGAACGUUAAGGUGGAUCGGGAGGAGCGUCCGGAUAUCGACAAGGUGUACAUGCAGUUCCUUCUUAUGUCUAAGGGCAGUGGCGGUUGGCCGAUGAGCUUGUGGUUAACUCCAGACUUGGCUCCAUUGGUAGCGGGAACAUAUUUUCCACCUAAGGCCCGCUAUGGAAUGCCCUCUUUUACGACCGUGUUGAAAUCCAUUGCCAAAAGGUGGGAAACCGACAGGCAAUCCCUUGAAGCGGCGGGCUCCAAUUUGAUCACCGCUUUACAGAAUAAUCAGGACGCUGGCGCGGUGGCAGAAGCAGCAUUCGGACGUGGAAGUGCCAUCGAAAAGCUAAACGAAGCCAUCAACAUCCAUAAGCAGCGAUUCGACCAGGACAACGGAGGAUUUGGAUCGGAACCCAAGUUCCCAGAGGUGCCACGUCUAAACUUUCUAUUCCACGGCUAUCUAGUCACUAAGGAUGCGGAUGUGCUGGACAUGGUGAUUCAUACGUUGGAGCACAUUGGAAAGGGUGGCAUCAAUGAUCACGUCUUUGGGGGCUUCGCUCGCUACGCCACCACCAAGGAUUGGCACAACGUCCACUUUGAGAAGAUGCUCUAUGACCAGGGUCAACUGAUGACGGUUUUCGGGAAUGCCUACAAGGUGACCAGGAAUGAAGUCUUCCUGGGCUACGCAGAUAAGAUCUACCAGUAUUUAUUGAAGGACUUAAGACAUCCUUUGGGGGGUUUCUUCGCUGGCGAGGAUGCCGAUUCGUUGCCAACCCAUGACGAUAAAGUGAAGGUCGAGGGAGCCUUCUACGCUUGGACCUGGGAUGAGAUUAAGGACGCUUUCAAGAAGAAGGCCGAGCGGUUUGAAGACAUUACUCCCGAGAAGGCUUUUGAGAUUUAUGCUUUCCACUACGGCCUAAAGCCCCCGGGAAAUGUGCCGGCCUACAGCGAUCCACAUGGGCACCUCACCGGGAAAAACAUCCUUAUCGUGCAGGGAUCUGAGGAGGAUACCACUGCCAACUUCAACAUAGAGGCGGAGCAGUUGGUGAAGCUUCUGGAGACAGCCAAUGACAUUCUGCAUGAUGUGCGGGAUCAGCGACCUCGUCCGCACUUGGACACCAAGAUUAUUUGCGCCUGGAAUGGGCUGGUGCUUUCGGGACUCUGCAAACUGGGCAACUGCUACUCCGCCAAACGGGAUGAGUACAUGAAAACGGCCAAGGAGCUGUUGGACUUUCUGCGCAAGUAUAUGUAUGAACCGGAAAAGAAGCUUCUCAUCCGCUCUUGCUAUGGCGUGGCUAUCGGAGAUCCAACUCUGGAGAAAAAUGAGACCCAAAUCGAUGGUUUUCUAGACGACUAUGCUUUCCUUAUCAAGGGCUUACUGGAUUACUACAAGGCCACAUUGGACGUCGAGGCUUUGCAUUGGGCGAAGGACUUGCAGGAGACGCAGGACAACCUCUUUUGGGAUGAGAAAAAUGGAGCCUACUUCUUUUCGAAGCAGGAUGCCCCCAAUGUUAUUGUGCGGCUUAAGGAGGACCACGAUGGCGCCGAGCCGUGUGGCAACAGUGUGUCCGCCCGAAAUCUUGUUCUUCUCGGCCACUAUUACAACGAGCAGGCAUAUCUCGAUAAUGCGGAAAAGCUGCUGAACUUCUUUGCAGAAGUAUCGCCCUUUGGACACGUUCUUCCCGAGAUGAUGUGCGCCCUGCUGAUGCAACAACACGGACUGGAUCUUGUGGCAGUGGUGGGACCCGAUUGCCCGGACACGCAGCGUUUUGUGGAAAUAUGCCGCAAGUUUUACAUCCCAAGCAUGAUUAUAAUGCACGUGGAUCCCGCGAAUCCGGAAGACGGCUCAAACCAGCGCUUGCACACCAAGUUUAAAAUGGUCGGUGGCAAGACAACAGUUUACAUUUGUCACGAGCGAGCAUGCCGCAUGCCGGUUACCGAUCCAAAAACACUGGAAGACAACCUCAUGACCUAUUUCUUUUCAAAGCGUGCUUAAGUCCUGAAAGAUACUCGAAUUAUAUUUUUAGACCAUUUAGAUGUUAUUACGAUGUUGUUUUUUAUUUUGCUUUAAAAGCAAAAUCAGUUCGCGGAACUCGAUAGUUGUAAUUAGUCGUUAAUAAGGACCCCAAUAGACUUGUGACAGAGUCAUGUAGCUUCAGCUUACUCCAUUAUAAAGUCUAAGAGACUUCCCACACCCGCAUUACCCUAAGUGUCCACAGUUGGUUGACGUUGCUAUAUUUAAUGUGACUGACAACUAAAAUAACCAACAUAUAUAUAUAUGUGUUUUCAAAGUUAAUAAAUGGGGGUUAGCCCUUCACAA